ACGUCCACAUCCACAUCCACAUCCACAUCCACAUCGCAUCAAUCUACCUCUACUGCCUUGGCCCCAAUACCGCCGCUACUCCUGCACCUGCCGCCGAAGGGAAUGAUACCAUCUGCACCUCACCUGUCGUCAAUCUUCCUCCCCAGCCUUGCCUGUUCGCCAUAGCACGCACCCACGUUGUCUCAUAUCGUCAUCAGCAUCCACCUCACCAUCGCUCACAAACAUACUUCAUCAACCCUCUCACCCACCUCACCUCACCCCACCUCGUCCACAACCACAACCACAACCAUCACCUACACCACAUCACCCACCCACAACCACCCACAAACAACCACCCCCAACCAACACAAUGGCCCAAGAAAUCGACUGGUCCCCCUCCUACUGCCUCGCCUGCGACCGCCAAACCUACACCUCAGCCUACUGCUCCGAAUCCUGCCGCCUCGCCGAAUACGAAUCCUCCGCCUCUCCCUCCUCCCACUCCUCCUCCCCCUCCUGGCCCUCCCACUCGCACACACCCUUCCAGCUCCCCUCCGCCUACGACUUCUCCCAGAAGACCUCUUCCGCUGUCCGCCCCGCCGUGCACGCACGCCCACACUCCCAGCCCCAGCCGCGCCAGCAGGCUACCUACUCUGUGCCAGGCCUCCAGACGAGGCCGGUGCUCACCCCGAGUUCCAGCCAGAGCUCGCUGUUCUCGAUGCAGAGUGCUGCGAGUGUGGGAGAGGCGGUGUCGGAGGAGGCGAGGAGGGAGUUGAGGGGGUAUGCGAGCGCGUUUGAUCAGAGUCGGUAUCAGAAGAGGCAGAGCGCUUCGUAGAGGGUGUUUAGUUGACGGCUUUGGCUUUGGCUACCACUCUACUCUUUCGGGCGACUAUGCUUCACCUUCACCACUACGUAUUCUUAUAUCUUUUAACUCUUACGACUUAUCAACGACUCACGAACCGGCGCAUCUCCGCACAUACCCAUACCACACAACAACGCGCCAUGACACGACCACGCACACCCCCCCCCCC